AUGAUUCUCCUCGUCCACGUCGCAUCCCAAAGGGUAGUGGCGUCUAAAGGCCACUCCGUUUCCCCACUCUACACCCUUGACAGCGAUACGGGGAGUACACUAUCUACAACUCUCUUCAAUGCGUCAGGCAAUGCGCAGGAGCUGGAUCGACAAUUCAGCCUGUUGUCCCUUUGUUCCAUUGGUAUCACGACGGGCAACGUGUGGGCUGUUCUGGGAGGCUCCAUCCACUCUACAAUGGUGGCCCGCCGGGUGUCAUAUACGAGUUCAAUGGCCGUAUCCGCCUUCUUUUGGAUGAUUGCCGCCUGUAUUGCCGAGAUGGCGUCCGCUAUCCCAUCGAGCGCAGGCGUAUACCACUGGCCAACGCCCACGGGCGGAGCAAAGUAUGGAAAAGCUCUCGGCUUCUUUGCGGGAUGGUGGAGCUGUCUUGGAUACAUCUUCAACACGGCGAGCAUAUCCUUGAUCCUAGCUCAGCAAGUUGUGUCCAUUAUUAUUGUCUGUGCCAUCGUGCCGAGCAAGACAGGCAAGGGACAUGCGUCCAACGGCUUCGCGUGGGAAGGAUGGCAGAAUCAGACUGGAUGGACAAGCGAUGGUUUCGUCUUCUGUGCUGGCAUGUUAAAUGGUGCCAUGGCUUUGGGCACACCUGAUCUGGACGCCCUGUUUUCCAACCCGUUGGCCAUUCCCGCUCGCCGAGUUGUAUCGCCGAGCCACAAACUCGCAACGGCUCCCUCGGACUUAUUGUUACAUUUCAUGCCCACCCGAUUUCUCAGUCCUUUGAUUGCUACCUUGACCUGCGGCCACAUCAAUACUACCUUGGGUGCCAUCUAUGUUGCCAACUCGACGGCCCUCACUGGCUACCUCGAUUUCAUUGCCUCAGGCCUUUUUACUAUGCCAAGCCCCGUCUUCUACACCUCUGCUGGGCUAGCAACCGCGUACAAGUGUGUCUUCAUUGUCAUCUACUGCUUCCCAUAUGCAGUUCCAUUCGAUGAGCAAAGUGUGAAUUACAGCUCCCUCGUUACCGGCGGACUCACAAUCGUGGUGGGAUGCUAG